UUUCAAGGAUGGACAACAGAUAUGGGGAUGAUUACAAUGGAAGCUACAUUCCCAGAGGACCGCCAAGUUAUGCAGGCAGUAACCCACCUCAGGUGAAUGGUAGCUAUUCAGGGAGCAUACCAAGAGGUCCACCAAGCUUUGCUGGAAGUGUACCUAGACCUUAUGACAACAAUGAAAAAGAGUUUGAUGCUAACAGUCAUCAAAGUAAGGAUAUGAGCCGCUAUCCACGGGAUAACAAAGGCGACUACACCCAAUAUAAUCCGCACGAUUCUGACAGAGGCAGCAACAGGCCCGAUAAUGACCGUUACUACAACGAUCGAGACCGCCCUCCAAUGGAGCCCGGACGUGAUUCUUACGACGACCACGGUUCAUACAGACGGGACCCCAACGACGACCGUCGUGAUCCUUACUACGACGAUCGCGGGAGAGAACCGCACCGGGAUGACAGGCGAUAUGAUGAUCGGAGCGAAUCGUACAAUGGUAAACCGUACGAUCAGGCAUCGUACAGACAGGACUCAGGGUCCUACAGAUACGACGACCGCCCUCCACCUAGAGGCGGAGGUAAAGAAUUCUCCCAGUAUGACGACGAGUAUGACAGUAGAGGCGACCCCCGCUCCAGAAUACCCCAGGAAAACGGAGCCACCGAGGUAGAUGACGUCAGAUUAAACGAACGUGACGCAAACCCGCGCUACGCUGCUCAGACCGGGGCCGUGGAACUUGCUUACGCGCCACCGGAAGCAAAAGCGAAGAAAAAGCCUGUUCUAAAAGAGUUGAAACCGAAAGUGAUAAAAGAGAAGUGGAAAAAUAAACCCCCUAGAGAAAGAAAGAAGUACUGUGCUCUGUUCACAUUCCUUAUUCUUGCUGCCAUAUGCAUAAUCGUCGUCCCCAUGGCUAUAUAUGUAAGACUGUGGCACAAGUUAACGUGGCAAGACAUCAGGAACCUCCAAGUGGAACCACGGAAUAUAAAGUGGGGUCAGCACGGACAAUAUGUGUACUACAGAGAUUUCAGUAACAACGUCAUUGAAGUUGAUUUGAUUAACCAUAGCUGGGACCCCAUCUUUACAUUUGAACAAUGGAACAAAGCUGGGUAUGAUGAUUUCGACGUAACAGGACACAACAGACUUCUCAUCUUAGCUAAGAAUAACGGGACGAAAUUUCUACACAUGAACUUUGUUGAUCUUUACAAGUACAAGAUCGGAGAUACCAACAACGAACCCCAGAAGUUUGAGAGAAAUGUCGUCCAUUGGUCGAUUGCAUCGCAUUCCUCCGAGGACAGAUUGGUAUUCGUUCAACAAGAUCAGCCGAGUAACUGUUACAAUAUCCGCUUACAUGAGCUGGGUCCCGUUAGUAGAACUCUCAAGAAUAUCGGAGAGGUGUCCACCAAACCGUCCGUAAUGCGAGGAGUCCUCUCAUACCUCUAUUCCGAGGAGUUUUAUGGGAAGUCGUCACAAGGAUUCUGGGUGUCUCAAAAUGGAGAUUACAUAGUUUACAUGAUAACUGACACCAGCAACAUGAGUCCUAUCUCUGUACAAUCACCAGAGGAUCCUGAGAAAGAGAUCGUGUACAACUACCCUACGGUCCAGAACAACAAGAACCCACUAGUCCGACUGCGAAUGUACGACGUGUUGCGCGGUGAGAUAAUUACGGGAGCCGACGAAGCGCUCAACCCACUUGGGAAACAGGAUCGGGAAUACAUCACGUCUGUUUCUUUCCCAAACGCGAAGAAGCUACUGGUAGAGUUCAUGAACAGAGAACAAACCCGGGCCACCACAGAGGAGUGCACCUUGAACCUCAGCCCGACAUGUGAGGAUCUCCGUGUCUUGAGACGGAACAGUCACUUGGGGUGGCUGCCACGGUAUCCGGCCGUUGCGUUCCCUGCCCAGGAGGAUCUCAGUACACAGCAGUAUUACGUGCUUAGGCCAAGGGUUGAUAAACAGUUCAAUUUCACCCAUCUCCACAAAUACGAGACGACGAACGACCCAAACAGGAAGAUAGCCAUUACCACCGGGGAGUACGCUGUCACUGAACUGAUAGGAAACGACUACACUCGCAAACACGUAUUGUACGUGAGAACGGAAGUGCUGAACCCUACCCACGAGCGAACCGCCUCCACCCGUAAGAGAAUGUUGUGGAUGUACAAUGACUCUGCGAGUGGUGAGGCCCAGCACACUUGUAUCUCUUGUUUGGAACCUGAUGAUAGGUGUGAGGUUGCCACUGCUACCAUCGACAGUUCUAUGCACUGGUACCAGAUAUUCUGCCUAGGACCCGGUGUACCGUACGUAAGAGUAAAAUCAUUCGCCAACAACACAUACAACAUCUACGCAGACGAUCAGGCUAACAUUCAAUACCAGGAUCCAAGUAAACAAGCCCAGCUUCUUCAGAAGAAGUCACCUUCUGUACAGUACACUCAGGUAGAGCUGGAUAAGAACACUAACAUUUACGUGGCUGUAAAGAAGAUAUUCCCACUGUACUAUGUUAAACACGCUAAUAUUCUUAAGUAUCCGCUCCUUAUUUGGGUCGACCCUAACCCUGAAGGCAACAUGGCCAUGAAGAAGUACAAGUUAGAUCUGGCACAGUGGUUGGCGACCUCCAAAGACUGUGUGGUCGUGUAUAUGGACGUGAAGGGUACCCCAGGUCGGGGCCUCGCAUUCCAUCACUGGCCUUACAAAGACUUUACCAGACUCGUCAACAAGGCUGAACAAGCGAUCAGAGAUAUCAAGAUGUACUGGCACGUCAACGACAAUAAGGUUGCGAUAAUGGGAGAGAAGAUGGGAGGUUGGUUGGCUCUGAAGAUGGUUGAGAGACAGCCUGACUGGUUCAAGGCUUCUAUCGCUGUUAACCCUAUCCUUAACUUUGAGCAUUACAUUCAAGCGUUCUCUGAGCGGUAUCUGGACAAGUACACCGCCGGACAAACUAGCUCAAUCUACCCCUCCGCCGCCAUGGACUUAACCAAGUUGAGCACAGAAAUCAGGAAAAAGACGGCUAUAUACUACGAUCCGCGAAACUACGAGGUACCCAGUACCUACCAAACCAUGAAACCCUUCCUGGAGGGUGAUAAAACCACUGACUUAGAGAACUUUAACUUGUUUAACAUUAUGGAUGUGGAGGAGAGUUUAGAAGAUAAAGUGCUCGGUGACGUGUUCCUGGAUAUUGGGCUGAAUGUCACUGCAUUUUUGGAAGAGAGCCCGCAUAAUAUUUUCUAAGUUUAGUACUCAGCUUAUCAGAGGGGGUUGUUUUGUCGUUUUAGUGAUGAGAAUAUUUGUUUUUCUGUUGAUUUUGUGACAGACAUCAUUCAAAAGAUAUUGUACGCCGUGGUCAGCACGAAUGCUCGAAUGAUAUCACAAAUUUUAUAUUUCAUUUAGGUCUGCUUAUAUUUUAACCAUGAGUUGAUAUUAUCGAAAUCAGUUAUUUACAUUUUUUGCAUUUUCAAAGUGUGAUAAUUUUUCAGUAUAUUUGCGAAAAUGAAUUAUUUUUUGCCGGGUAGGGAGAUUUGUGACAUGCUGAGGUAUUGAAUAAGGUGUAAGGUGAUCGUGAAUUUAGCUUUUAUUUUCAUUUUAGUGAAACUUAUUAUUUUGAUCCGGUUCGAAGAAUUCCCAGUUUGCGUUCACCAUUAACGAGUACAAAAUAUAUUUUAUUAUGAACUAUUGUCAUUGAUUCAUGGUAUUGUGAAUCGAAUUUAAGUUUUGAAAUUUCGUGCUAAAUCAUUCAGUUUACAGACCUUAGAGGUGGUUAUUUUAUGAUUUUUAUUUCUUUUUAUUAUGGAAAUUCAGAGUUUUAAGAUCUUUAGUUCAGAGCUACAUGGUUUGUAGCAGUAUUACAUGAUUUACAGUUUAGUUCAGAUGAUUUAAUACAACCAGCUCUAUAAUUUUAAGAUUAACUUGCGUUGAACGAAAUAGGUUGUUAAACAGAGUUUUUUUAUUCAGCAGCACAGAAGAUGUAGCCUUUCCAAAUGAUUUGGUUUAUUUUGAACGGAAACAUACUAAUACUAUACCAUUAACAGAUAGAACAAGUUAUUAUUCAGAUGAUUUCAGAAAUAUCUAAUAACGUUUCAAUAAUAUUACGAUGUAUGACAAUAGAAUACAAUGUUAAUGUAAAUACUUUUGGUACUUUUAGAAAACCAUCAAAA